CGAACGGUCAUAGGAAUAGAGGAAUUCAGAGUAAUGUCACAGAGCAUCAAGUAUUCCCAUUUCGAUGUCAAUGGAGCCGGAGAUGUGAGACGCAAUGUGGCUAUCAUUGGUGCUGGUCUGGUGGGAUCUCUGGCGGCUUUGAACUUUGCUCGCAUGGGCAACGAGGUGCAUCUGUAUGAGUAUCGGGAGGAUAUUCGCACCGCCCAGUUGGUGCAAGGACGUAGCAUCAAUUUGGCCUUGUCGCAGCGGGGAAGAAAGGCGCUGGCUGCCGUGGGGCUGGAGGAGAAAGUGCUUGCCACCGCGAUACCCAUGCGUGGACGCAUGUUGCACAAUGUGCGUGGUCGCACCAGCAUUGUCCUUUAUGAUCCUUGCACCAAACAGUGUCUGUAUUCGGUGGGUCGCAAGCAAUUGAAUGAAUUGUUGUUAAAUGCUUGCGAUGAAUUUGCCAACAUUCAUUGCCACUUUGAGCACAAGUUGGCCAUGGCCAACAUUAGUGAAGGUCAAAUGCAAUUCAAGGUGCCCAAGGAGCAGCAACUGAUCUCGGCCAGCGCUGAUUUGAUUGUUGGUUGCGAUGGCGCCUUUAGCACAUUGCGACAACAUUUGGUGCGUACACCAGGAUUUAAUUACUCGCAGGAGUAUAUCAAUACUGGGUAUCUUGAGUUGUGCAUACCCGCCAAGGCUGGUGAAUUUCAAAUGCCACCCAAUUAUCUUCACAUUUGGCCACGCGACUCCUUUAUGAUGAUCGCCUUGCCCAAUCAGGAUAAAUCCUUUACAGUCACUUUGUCAAUGCCCUUUGAAGUGUUUGAAAGGAUUAAGACACAUCAAGAGCUGUUGGAUUUCUUUCGUAAACACUAUGUGGAUGCAUUGCCCUUGAUUGGCGAGGAGCAACUCAUUAAGGACUUUUUCAAGACACGUCCACAGCACUUGAUGUCCGUGAAGUGCAAACCUUAUCACUUUGGAGACAAGGCUUUGAUUCUGGGAGAUGCGGCUCAUUCCAUGGUGCCUUACUAUGGCCAGGGUAUGAAUGCGGGCAUGGAGGAUGUCACGCUCCUCACAUCCAUUCUCAACCAGCAACUGCCGCUGGAUGAAGCCUUGGCUCAGUUUACCGAGUCCCGUUGGAAGGACGCCUUCGCCAUUUGUGAUCUAGCCAUGUACAAUUACGUGGAGAUGCGUGACUUAACUAAGCGACUCUCUUUCCGCUGUCGCAAAUUUCUGGAUACGACUUUGUUCCGUUUGUUUCCCAGGUUUUGGGUUCCCCUCUACAACAGCGUCUCGUUCUCCAGCAUGCCUUAUAGCCAGUGUAUUGCCAAUCGACAGUGGCAGGACAAGUUCCUAAACAAGGCUCUUGGUUUCAGUCUCUUGACGAGUUUCCUCAUUGGAGGUGCCAUUUAUGCAAGACGCUUCCGCUAACAGCAUAACGGGAUUUAAACACACUUAAUAUUGUCAAUAUUUGUAUUUGGCUAAGAUACUUUUUUAUGCCUUUUUUUUCCAAUAAAAUCUGUGUAUAAAUUCUUGUAA